AUGGUUCUCCCCCGCUCUACCGUCCUCCGCGCCGCUGCUCAGCAGCUCGCCCGUCCGGUUGCCCGCACCGGCCUCCGCAGCGCCGGCCGCCAGCAGCCAUGGCAGCGCAUCUCCCAAUCUGUGUCGCGCCGCGCCUACAGCAGCUCUCACGGUGGCCACGGCCACGGUGAGGCUAAGAGCGACCUUCCUUGGUUGAUUGGCGCCGUUGCCUUUGGUGUCCCCGGCACCUGGUGGCUGCUCCAGCCUGGUGAGGCCCACCACGGCGGCCAUCACGAAGAGCACGCGGAGAAGCACGAGGAGAAGCAUGAGGAGCCCAAGCAGGAGGAGGCCCCCAAGGAGGAGCCCAAGCAGGAGGAGCCCAAGGAAGAGCCUAAGGAAGAAUCGAAGGAGGAACCCAAGGAGGAGUCCAAGGAGGAGUCCAAGGCUGAGUCCAAGGACGAGUCCAAGGACGAAUCCAAGGACGAGUCUAAGGAACAGCCCAAGGAAGAGAAGCCCAAGGAGGGCUCCGAGGGACCUCGCUUCAAGGGCCCAAGCAGUGCCGGUGAAGACAAGAAGGCUCCGGACACCCGCUCUUCGCAGGACGACGCUAAGGAGGGAGCCUCCAAGAAGCGCAUUGAUAGCGACUACCGCAAGGAGCUUGGUAGCGAUUCGAAAGAUGGCGCCGAUAAGGACCAGAACAAGACUGCUGGCAAGCAGCAGGGUCUCUCCAACACCGACACCAGGCACAGCACCGAUGUUGACAGCGAUCCUUCCAAGAGCAAGAAGUCCGAGGGCGGUGUCGACACCGCGAAGACGAAGGGCACCGUCUCCCCCAACAGGCCUGCUGUAUGA